AUGCCAACGCUGCCUGCCUACGCCAACCGCUGCCGGCACCGCCGGCCUACUGCUGCCGCCUGCCUAAUGCUGCUGUCUGCCACCUGCCUGCCCCCGCCGCCUGCCUGCCGCCGCCGCCUGCUAUAUCCUUACACCACCCGCGGCCCUUACCUGCCAUGGCCUGCCUGCCAGCCGCUGCUUACUGCAGCCUGCACCUGCUACCUCUUACCUACCGCCACUGCCUACCGCUGGCGCCUGCAGCCCACUGCCCCCACUGCCUGCCUACGCUGCAGCCUGCCUCCUCCUGCCACCUUCGCCCGCCACCUGCCUCCUCUGUCUGCCGCCGCUUCCUGCCACUGCCGCCUGACACCGCUACCGCCGCUUCCUGUUGCCGCCUGCCUGCCGCUUGCCGGGGCUUGCCUGCCUGCCGCCCCAGCUGCCUGCGUCCCACCGCUUCCUGCCGCCGCCGCCUGCUACCUCCUUGCACCGCCCGCCUCCCUUGCUUGUGGCUGCCUGACUGCCAGCCACGGCUUACCACAGCCUGCCCGCGCUGCCGCCUGCUGCCACUGCCGCCUGCCUUCGCUUCCUGCCGGGGCUGCCUGCUACUACCUACCACCACCGCCUGUCUGCCAACCCUGCCUGCCGCCGCCCGCCGUCCUUGCCUGUGUCCCCCUGCCUCCGCCUGCCUGCCCGCAACCCCUGCCGCCGCUUACCGCUGCCUACCGCCGCCACCUGCCGCCACCACCACCACCACCUGCCUACCGCGGCCGCUUGCAGCCCGCUGCCGACGUUGCCUGCCACCGCCUGUCUGCCCCGACUGCCCGCUGCCCGCUACAGCCCACUGCCACUUCCCUACCACCGCCGCCUGCUGCCGCUUACCACUGCCCGCCACCGCAGCCUGCCACCACCGCAUGCCUACUACUGCCGCCUCCCAACAGCUGCAAUUCCCGCCUUCCUAACACUGCUGCCUGCGGCCACCACUUGUCCCCGCCACCCGCCUGCCACUGCUUCCUGCCACCACCGCCUGUUGCCAUCUGCGGCUACUGCCACCAGCCUCCGCUGCCGAACCUCGACGAUGCCUGCCAACAUUGCCUGCCUACCGCCGCCACCUGCUGCCGCUGCCCCCUGCAGCCCGCUUGCCCCCACCGCCUGCCGCUGCCGUCUGCUGCCCUCACUGCCUGCCGCCGCUGCAGCCCGCCUCCCCCUGCCACCUGCCCCUGCCACCUGCCGCCGCUUUCUGCCACCGCUUACAGCCGGCUGCGACUGUCAGCCGCCGCUUCCUGCCUGGCCCCUGCACCCUGCAGCCCGCCACGGCCUGCUGCUGCUUACCUACCACCGCCGCCUACCCCCGCCUGCUGCCACUUACCACUACCCGCCACGGCAGCCCACCGCCACCACAUGCCUACCGCUGCCGCCUACCUAACGCUGUUGCCUGGCCUGCCGCCUGCCGCCGCUUCCUCCCGCGGGUUACCACUGCCUGCCCCCCCGGGGUCUGCCGGCCGCCACUACCUGCCCCCACCACCUGCCCGCCGCCGCUUCCUGCCGCCACUGCCUGUUGCCACCUGCGGCUAUUGCCCGUGGCCUGCAAGCCGCCGCCACCUGCCCCCACCACCUGCCCGCCGCCGCUUCCUGCCGCCACUGCCUGUUGCCACCUGCGGCUACUGCAUGCCCGCGGCGCUUCCGGCGCCCCUCCCCACGCUGACUCACGCUGCCGCCGCUGACCCGCCUACUGCUGACCCCGCCCCUAUCGCGGCGCCUGCUUCCCCCGCCGCCGAUGCAGCCGCAGACUCCACCCGCUGGUGCUGCCACCGCUGCCACCUCUGCUGCUGCCCGCUGCCGCCUGCCACCGCCUGCCACCGCCUGCCUGCCGCUGCCUGCAUCCACUGUCCACCACUGCUGCCACCGCCGCCUGCCACCGCCUGCCUGCUGCCGCCACCAGUCAGUACUACCACUGCUGUCUGCCACUGCCGGCCCCUGCUGCCGCUUACCUCUGCCUGCCGCCGCCACCUGCCUUCUGCCACCCACCGCCCUUGCGUGCCUGCCGCGGCCGCCUGCCUGCUUGCCGUUGCUUACCACAGCCUGCCAACUCUUCCUCCCGCCGCCUGCAAUCGCCUACCGCCGCCGCCCACUACACUUGCCUGCCGCUACCUGCCUCCCUGCCCCCACCGCUUACUGCCGCGCCCUGCCUCCACUGCCUCCACCGCCUCCCUCUGCCACAUACUGGCCCCACUAACCCGGCACCUACCGCUGCCGCCGCCCGCUGCUGAUACUCCUGCUGCUGCCUCUGCUGCCCGGAGCUUCCGCUGCUGCCCAACGCUGAAGGCGACUGACGCCAGCACUACUGCUGACGCCGCCGACGCUGCCGACGCAGCCGCCCGCUGCAGCCGCAGACGCCACCCGCUGGUGCUGUCACCGCUGCCACCUCUCCUGCUGCCCGCUGCCGCCUGCCACCGACUGCCACCGCCUGCCUGCCGCUGCCUGCCGCCACUGCCCACCAGUGCUGCCACCGCCACCUGCCACCGCCUGCCUGCUGCCGCCACCAGUCAGUACUACCACUGCCGUCUGCCACUGCCGCCCCCUGCUGCCGCUUACCUCUGCCUGCCGCCGCCACCUGCCUUCUCCAACCACCGCUCUUGCGUGCACCCGCCGCCUGCUGCCCGCCGGCAUCCGUGGCCGCCUGCCUGCCUCCGCAUCCUGCCGCCGCCUGCCACCGCCGUCUGCUGCCGCAGCCUGGCUCACCGGGCCCAGCUACCUAACCCCGAGGAUGCAUGCCAACGCUGCCUGCCUACCCCCACCACUGCCGGCACCGUCUGCCUACCGCUGCCACCUGCCAAUUGCCACAGCUGCCGUCUGCCUAAUGCUGCUGUCUGCCGCCUGCCUGCCCCCGCCGACUGCCUGCCCCCGCCGCCUGCUAUGUCCUGGCACCACCCGCGGCCCUUGCCUGCCGUGGCCUGCCUGCCAGCCGCUGCUUACUGCAGCCUGCACCUGCUACCUCCUACCUGCCGCCUCCGCUUGCCUACCGCUGGCACCUGGAACCGGCUGCCCGCACUGCCGGCCGCCACUGCAGCCUCCCUCAUCCUGCCACCUUCCCCCGCCGCCUGCCUCCGCUGUCUUCCGCCGCUUACUGCCACCGCCACCUGA